GAUAAAAGGUGCGUCGGCAUUUUAGUUUGAUUACUCUACACUUCCGUGUGCAUUUACAAUUUCCUUAAGUCUUUUGAUCCAAAUGAAAAUCCGAAAUUAUAAGUCAGUAUAUUUGUUUGAUACUUUCGAGUCUCGAUGGACGUUUAGAUCCGUCAUUAGUGACAAAAUUAGUCGUUAGAAGCUCGUAGCAAAACAAAUCAGCUCAAAAACAGUGCUCAACAAAUUAAAUGCAUUGAGAACAUAUUGAAUAUCAAAUGUGAAGUGCAUACUUAGAAUAUACUUUCACCAUUGUGUUUAUUUUACAAGAUGCCAGGCAACCUCGGGAGUAGUUGAUACCUAAAAUCAUCCAGAAAAGCAUCGAGCCCUAUAAAUUAGCGAUGUCGUUUGUUGCAAGAAUGACAAAGCAAGAAUGACAAAGGGAAUAAACAUGAAGAAAAUAGUACUAAUGUUGUGCAUCUCCUUGAUUGGCCGAACUUUCUCUCAAGCGCGUGUAGACUGGGCAGAUGACGAAAGAAAGCAUAUCUCAGAUAUUUUGGAUGCGAAUAAUGGAAGACUUCACCAGUCGUUUUGGCUCGGCUCAGAUGGGAAGAAAUCUCAACCAGGCUUAGCUUCAAAUGCGCAAUCGGUGGACGGAAACGAAUGCAGAGCGAAGAGUGAUUCACUGGAUCUUGACCCAUCAAGCGCAGAAUUCUCUGAAAUCCGAAACAGCAAAGCAUUUGUUGACAAGACAUUUUUCCUCUACGAAUGGCUGACCCACCAACCUAAGCAGUGGUACGUCACUGCACCUCCUGGUUUUGGCAAAUCCGCCCUUGCAAAAAUGGCCGUUCAGUUUCUGAACGCCUCGGUUGAAAUCGUGGACGGUGUGGAGAGGUUUCGCGACAAGCAUAAAACCGCUGCAUAUGAUCUUUUCAAGGGCACAGAUAUUUUUGAGAUGAAAGACUUCUUCGACAAACACUUUCAGAACUACGCCGUGGUUUACUUCGACUUAGCCCCUUUAAGUUGUACCACGCAGGCUGCUUUCAUAAAAAAUGAUGCCUUCCAAAUACAGGACUUUCAUAAAUACCUCAGGAUAGUGAUAAGAAAAAUGAUGAGCUACUAUCCAUCCCUCUCCCUCCACCAAAACUUAACAGCCUCGGACAGAGAAAACUUAAAAUGGUACCUAGGCGGGAUGGACGACGCAGUGACGCCGAAUAGAUUUUGGAAGAGUCCGUCUGUUUUGAUACGACUCCUACGAAAAUGCCUAAAGAGAGAUGUUAUCGUUAUUGUAGAUGCCUAUGAUGCGCUGUGCAAACCUGCCUUGAUCGGGGAACUGUCCAAAAUACAAAGACCCUAUUUAGCCUCGUACAUCAUAAAUUUAAGUAAGAUGGUAAUUCAAGACGGACAGUCAACGGCCCUUUAUCUAGGGACGUUCAAAACCCUAGAGCUAAUGCUGCAAAAACCUGGAGAAGAACAUUCGAAGAAAAUAACCAUGUAUCGUAUUGAACAUUCGGCUUUUUCUGAUAGUGAGCGCGUCGCUAAGUACUUCGGGUUAUCCAGGCAGGAGGUCACGGCAGUUUUAACUAAACAUUCAAUGCAAGAUCACUUCAACCUGGUGGACAAUCUUCUAAACGGACACGCUGUUUUAAAUUCGUCUUUAACUUUGUUCAACACUAAAUCUGUAAUGUCAUACGUUGGAAAUCGAAAUGCUACACCCACCGCUGUGGCUGUUCCAUUCACUGCCGAAAUCUUGCGGAAUUAUGCGAAGAUGUUCUCGAACAAAUGGCUCAGUGAUGUACUUACUCAGUGUAUAUUCAAUGAUAAAGCUGAGGUCUUGCUUUCACACAAUGUGCCGUUGAAUUUCGCGAGUUUUGCAAGACUUAAAGAUUUACUCGUUAAUAAUCCAAGUGCUGUUAAAGAUACGUUAAAGUUAGAACAUACGUUAACGUUCAUAAAAAUUUUGCAGUUCUUGGGUUUGAUAUCGGUCAUCGAUGAGAAAGCUGAUACUUGUCAUCUUAGAGCCUCAAGUUGCAGUGAUGCUGAGCUUAUAAAUAAAUAUUCGUUUAACAGUGGAAGCGUACAAAGAUUCUUUAAAAUUAGCGCAGAUAAUGAAUUGGGUAUGGUUCGCGCGGUAAAAGGACUUGCACCGGAUGACGAUUCAAUGCAGUCCUUGGGCGAAAUAAUUCAUAGCAUCAUCAAAGUCAAAGCCCCUGAGACUGAGUAUCAGAUGAAAGCUUUGAUGUAUGUAUAUUCAAGGAAAAUUGCAACUUAUUACAAUGAAGAUUUUGAGAUGGAGGCCAGCAUUGCAGCGCCUGAUGGGGCGAAUUUGACAUCGAACGGAGAUGGUGAAAUUGGUACCAGAAAGAGAAUUGAUAUAAUUCUGCUUCAGAAAAAGAAGGGUUUAGGCUUUAUUCUGGUAUCUAAACUCAAUACUUCUGCAAUUUCUGUUUUAAAAGAAAUGUCUGAGAACAGAUAUUUCGAAAUACUAGACUCAGAUCUCCGUUUUUCGAAGCUGAAAAUUAAGCAGAAGGUUCUGAUUGGAAUUUCUGCGACACAGAAUAAAUCUGUGGAAAUUGCAGCGGAGGUUUGGCAUGAUAACGAAAGAACAAGUCUAAAAAAUGUCGUAUUUAAUGGCACAAGUUUUGUAUGAUCUGGAAUUUCACUUACAGACUACACAGAGUCUC